UGACGGCAAGAAUGUGUAAUUUGUGUGUAUGUGUUACCCGCGAUUUGUAAUCAAAAUGAAGAGUUUUAAAACUUAAAUUUUGUGCUCAUUGACUGUUUGUUUUAUUUCAUAAGCUUCAAAAUGUAUUAUCAAACGAUUGUUCUAUUUUUAUUAACAGCAGUGGUUAUGGUUAAGGAAGCAAAUUGCCUGCAUAAACGUUGUGUUAAAUGCAGAUCAAGAGGUGAGUUAGGUACUUGUGGGGACCCAUUUCCAUUCAAUGUAACAGAGCCUGAUGCAGAAGCGGGUAUUCAUGUUGUAGCAUGCCCAUCAGGUUGGUGUGGAAAGAUGAUUGAAGGAACAACAGGUGCCUUUAGGACUGAUGACUAUGGGGCCGCAACACAAAGAAUGUGUCUGCAGAGAUCACCAAGUGAUGAUGAGGAGAGGUGCGCCUACACCAUGUGGAAUCACAGGAAAGUGUACAUGUGCUUUUGUAAUGGGGAUCUUUGCAAUUCCGCUUACAAGAUCUCUGCACCACCCAUUAUCUUAAUUACUAUAUUAGUUGCUAUAUAUAAUUAUUUUCAAUUUAGUCUAUGAUUCGAAGAAAUAACAUGAAUUGAUUGGGAAAAUGAUCUGUACAUUCCUAAAUUGUGAUGAACCCUUUGUUAUUCUUACUAUUUUUAUCUAGUUAUAAGAACUCUUGACAGUGGCUUAUGAUUUUAAAAAAAGCAGGAUAAAACCCUUUGUAUUCUCAUAAUCUCAAUUCUUAUAUUGAGCCAUUACACAUAUUUUAAAAAUAUAAAAUUACGUCUAUUCAGAAAAAAAAAUUAAAG